AUGAGUCGGGUGUGGGAGUACCGACGUAAGACAAGGCCGAGGGCUCACAAGGUAGUAGAGAGCGGAACUGCCAACGAGAGCCGCGGACAAAUCGAGAGCUCGUCACCAUUGUCAACGGAAAAUUCCCCGAUUCUGAUCAACUGUUGGGAGAAAGACAGGGGGCGCCAGACGCUGAUCUGCCAGGGCUGGCCAACCCUUUCUUGUGUCAUCCCGAGCAGAGGUCUCGCUGUGCCCGAGGGUUUUGUCGCACAGCAUUUCGGGUACGCUGCGCGGGAACUUGGGAGUGCGUGGCUUCUUGUUCUAGGCAGAAUGGCGCAACGAAGGCAGAUGUUGCUGAUGGCGAUGUAA